GAGCUUGGGCGAGCAGGCCUUGGGUUCCCCUUUGGGAGCUAAUUUUGGGAAUUCAGGCGAGCAGCCUACUCGCGUUAGGGGCGUGGUGAUAGGCGAACAGAUGAGGGGGAGUUGGACACCCUUGGCAAGGGCGUCAUUGGCCAGGCGUCCCAAGCGUUGGGCGUCUCUGGCCAGGCCUCUCGGGCAUUGA